AUGGCCGAUACCAAGCGUAGCCGCUGCUUCUUCGACAUCGCAAUCGGCGGUGUCAAAGCUGGCCGCGUCGCCUUCGAACUCUAUAACGACAUCGUCCCCAAAACCGCCGAGAACUUCCGCGCAUUAUGUACCGGAGAGAAGGGUGUCGGCAAUGCAGGCAAGCCGCUACACUACAAGGGAUCGGGCUUCCAUCGCGUGAUCAAGGGCUUCAUGAUCCAAGGAGGUGACUUCACCAUGGGUAACGGCACGGGUGGUGAGAGCAUUUAUGGAGAGAAAUUCGAGGACGAGAACUUUGAGAAAGUACACGAGAAGCCGUUUCUGCUGAGCAUGGCGAAUGCUGGUCCCGUUCCGACACCACAUUUGGACAAGAAGCACGUUGUGUUUGGCGAAGUUAUCAACGGCAAGAGCAUCGUACGGACGAUCGAGAACCUCAAGGUACAGAGCGGCGAUAAGCCAUACCAGGAUGCAACCAUAAUAGGCGAGGACUAUGAGAAGGCCACAGAAAAAACGCCCGACGCGACUGGUGACCCAUACGAAGAUUUUCCGGAAGACCAAAAGCCCAGCGGCGAUGAUGAGUGGAAAGGCGACGAGAUCCUCAAGAUCGCAACCGAGCUCAAAGAUAUGGGCAAUGCGGCCUUCAAGCAGCAAAACCUCGAUCUCGGCAUCAAGAAGUACCAAAAAGCAUUGCGAUACCUACACGAGUACCCUGCACCGCUCGAGACUGACCCCGCAGACCUCUUCCCCAAGCUCCAGACUCUUAAGAUCUCCGUAUACCUCAAUUGCGCCCUUCUCCAGAACAAGACCAAUCAGUUCGCCGAUGCACUGGACAGCGCGUCGAAGGCGUUGGAGAUUGAGGGCAUCAGCGAUAAGGACAAGGCGAAGGCGUACUUCAGGUCAGGACAGGCGAAGGUUGGCAAGAAGAGCGACGAGGGUGCGGUUGAAGAUCUGAAAGAGGCACUCAAGUAUGCACCAGGCGAUGCGGCGAUUGUGAAGGAGUUGGACGGUGCGAAGAAGAGGGUUGCAGUGCGGAAGGAGAAGGAGAAAAAGGCGUAUAAGAACGCUUUCAACUUUGACUGA